GAAACAGUGUUUUGUGCAAAGCAAACAUCCAGGCUUAAUAUUUUUGAUGAUGGAAUUGAAAGAACAAGAGAACCCUGAAAAACUGAGGGAAUGCCUCAAGAAUGGCACGUUGUCUCUGAGAGACCUUGACAAUAAGCAGAAAAGGGGGUCCUCGAGAGGCAGAAGAAGACGUAGCAAAGGCAAGAAGGGAGGUAAUGUAACAACAGACGAUGCAACUAAAGCACAAACUGUGGAAAAACCAAGAAGCACCCCGAAGGCUUCCAAGAUUAGCAGACCAUCAAAAAUAGAGAGCAGUUCGAAAAAUGCAGAAAAAAGUCUUAAGUGGGAAACUCAAACCAGUGAGUCAGAAAUGGUAGUACGCAGCAUCCUUGAUGAAGUAUUUGAUCACGUUUCUAGAUAUUGUUCUGCUACUAAGUACAGCGCUGUCAAAGAACAGACAAAUACAAUGACUCCCGGCCUGCCAGGAGCUUCCGACGAGAGAAUCGUAGCAACAAGGAAUAUUUACGCAGAACAGAGAAGAACAAUACAGGAGUUAUUAUAUAAAGCAGCACGGGAAAAUGUAAGGGACUUGAUCACACGAGCAACUACACGUCGUCAUGAUAUUCCUAGCCCAGACAAGGGACAAUUAGAUACAACUGCUCCACUACUAUCUGCAAAUUAUGACAGACGACAGAGAGCAUACCAACAAUGGAUGAACACAGAGAAACUGAAAAUGCAAAAGAUGAUGUACAUGGCGGCUUCCGAAAUUGUACAGUACUUCCUCACCUUUCCAGCCACUCGUGCAAGGUUUGCCGAAGAAAGAAUCUUGAUGAAACGGGAGUCUUAUGAAAACCAAAGAAAAAUAACUCAAAAGUUAUUGUACAAAGCAGCACAGGAAAAUGUGAAUGACCUAAUAAUCCAGGCUACACCUAACUGUGAUAUUCCUGGACCAGUAAAAGAAGAGUUGGCUACAUCUACCCUGGUACAAUCUGAAGAAUGUGACACCAUACUGAGAACACUCUCAGAAAAGAGGAAAGCUGAGAAAUUAGCAAUGCAAAAGAUUAUGUACAACACAGCCUCGGAGGUCGUUGACGAUUUGUUCACCAGUGCAGCAAAAAACGCAAGCCUAAAGACUUUGUCUGAAACAGAUGUACUAGUAACCGAUGAAUUGGAGGAGGAUCCUGUGGCAAUACAGAAAAGCUGGAGAAGAUUCUUUUGUUGUGUCAAAGCAAAGAAACAACAGAGGAAAGAGAAGAAAGAGAAACGUGGAUUGCUUGCCAGGCUGUGCCACUUGUUUAACCGUCGCUAAAUUGUGCGAGAAUUUUAAUAUGUAGUUUAUCAUUCGAAAAUACAUGUAUAUGAAAAAAAUUUACAUUGAUCAAAAGAAAAUAAUAUAUGUUUUGGACAAUUCACUUAUUAUAGUCAUCAUU